UAGGACAUUUGUGAGUCGAUGACAGUCAGUCUUCUUGUGCCCGGCAAACAAAAAAAAAAGAAAGAAAGAGAGAGAACUGAUAAACGUAACGCAAGCGUGCGAAAAUUUGUUGAGACAUGACCAGUUUUCGGAAACGGACCGUGCAAAAGCCAAUCCGUGGCACCCGCACCAGCCCCCACACCGCCCAGGUGAUCACCUCCAGCGGCAAUCCAUCGCUCGAUGUGAUUUUAGGCGGCGGUCUGCCAAUCGGCUCAAUAUGCCUCAUAGAAGAGGAUCGCUUUAUGACGCACGCCAAGGUGUUGGCAAAAUAUUUUCUAGCCGAGGGUGUGCUCUCCAAGCAGGAGAUAUUCCUCGGUAGUCUGGACGAUUUGCCAGCGGAAAUGUUGCGUCGUCUGCCCAAACCACUGACCGACGAGGAAGUCGAGCUGGAGCAGCGCCAGGAGCAACUGGCCAGCGAACAGCCAGCGGAUAAAAAUGGUUUGCGUAUUGCAUUCCGGUACGGCGAUUUGCCGCUGGUCAAUUCGGAGCAGGCGGGCCACAAAAUUGGCCAUCAUUUCAAUCUGAUGGAGCACAUGGAUUCGAUGAUGUUGUACUAUGCACAGACAACCGUCUGGGAUGAUAGCUACAAGGAGCAUGACAUUGUUGUGCAGGAGGACAAUAUUAGCAACUCUUCCAAUUCGCUGGAUCAGACGGCAACAAUUGUUGCUGAUGCGUCUCCUGCUGCUGUUGAUGCUACUCCUCCUCCUGCUGCUGCUGGUGAGAAUGCAUCAACAGUUGCAGUUGAUGUUGAGAUUGAAGCGGAUGCUGAGAGCACUGCUGUCAUCAGCAGCAGCAACAACAACAAUAACAAUAAUGACAAUAAUACUGCCAGCACAACUCCAGGAACAACAAUAGCUAUGCCGGCCACACAGCCACCUCCACCACCACCACCACCAGCAGCAGCAGUCGCACCACCAACAGCAGUCGCACCACCACCACCAGCACCAUCAGCAAUGGAGCCCCAUUUCUUUUAUAAUCCACGCUAUGGGCGCCUGCUCAACGAUGUGCAGCAAUUGCUGCGCGACGAGAGUUUCGUGCCCGGCACCAAUACGCAGCAGAAGAAUCUGUGCCGCGUCUGCCUCACCUCACUGGGAUCGCCGUUGUGGUAUGAUGAUCACUUCGCCGGUGACUUGCUCAAGUUUUUGACCAUAUUGCGGGCCAGUGUGCGCAGCUGCACCGCCGUCUGUUUCAUUACAAUGCCAAUGCAUCUGAUAGCCAAAUAUGAUACCAGUUUGGUGCCCAAGAUACGUCAACUGGUUGACUAUUCGAUUGAGUUGGAAUCGUUUGCCGGUUCGGAGCGUGAAACGCAUCCGGCCUUCAAGGAGUACAGCGGUCUGUUGCAUCUGCACAAGAUGAGCGCACUGAAUACGCUCGCCGUGCACAUGCCGGAGACAACGGAUCUGGCGUUUAAGUUACGACGCAAGAAGUUUGUCAUUGAGAAGCUGCAUCUGCCACCAGAAUUGCAGGAGACGUCGGAAAAGUCGGCGGCUGCUGAUAUUAUGGCCACGCCAAAUUGUGGAUCGAUUGUGUCUGGGAAUUCUAAUGUAUCAAUGGAUUUCUAGUGCCGAAUUGGCCCCCAACACACACCCCACCCUCCAAAUUGAUGGCCAUUGCCACAAGUUUUGUUGGUUGUUUAAAGAAACCCUACUUUUUUAUACUCUGUCUCUGCGCAACAAUCCAAAGCUGUGCGAAUGCAACAAAUCUUUUGUACGACAACUAAAAGCAACAACAACAACAACACACACAAAAAGUGAUGAGUUUAUAUAUAAAAACAAACAAACAAAAAAAUACAAAAAUUACAUAUAUAUAUAUAUACAUUAUAGAGAGGUGAGUUGGUUUUUAGCCGAUCUUCGCGCUCUUUUAGUACAACCGAUUUUACAAGUUUUUCUUACUGCAAAAAGCAAACAACAACAUAAAUAUAUAUAUAGUAAUGUAUGAUUUAAGCAGAGAGUGUGCACAACAACAAACACAAUUCCAAUUUCCAUAUGCGAGGUGGAGUAUUUUUAAUUUUUCCAAAAAAAAAAAAACAAGAAAAUAAUGAGAUACGAGCAAAAUUUGUAAGAUUUUAUGUAGUUAUGUAUGUAUUAAAAACAACAACACAAAAAGCCAUUGAAAUUUUAUUAAAAGUAGUUUUUACACAAUUGGUUUUUUUUUAUUUACAAUUAUACACAUUUUUUAAGUACAAUCGAUUUUUGCCUUGUUUUUCUUUAAUAUUUAAUUUACUUAUCAUUUUCAUGUUAGCCAGACAGACACCAUGGCGAUAUUGUCUUUAUCUUGUUAAUGCUGAUCAAGUUUAUAUAUACUUUAUUGAUGAAAUUUAUACAUUUGAUUAAAAUGGAUUGGUCCUUAUUGC